GGUUUUUGUUGGGAAUCACUCGCUCGAGAAAGGGAUCGUUGGAACGAAAGCGAUGGAAUCGUAUCAGGCAUGUCUACAGCGAUUACUCAAGAAGACAACCGAAGCGCAGAGUGAAACGAAUGAGCAAGCUCGCCAUUUUGAUGGGCUGAAAAACGAUGAAUUCUCUGAAAUGCGCCUCAAGGCGAUUUGUAAGGGACUCGGGUUUAUCUACUCUGUAUCCAAGGAUGAAACGGCCUUUAAUACAUUUGGAAAUGAUAUCAUUCAAUGUUUUUACGAUCUUAGCAAGACUUCACCGGAGCCGAUUCGAAGAUUAUCGUUACAAUAUUUAGAAGUCGUAAAGAAGAAGUGGAUCAAUGUGCUCCAAUCUGGUUAUUGGAAAGCACGUGAGAAUCCGGAUCCACAAGAAGUCCUCGACGCUGCAAUCAUUUUGUACAGUUUGCAGUGUAUCAGCUCAGAUGUCGAGUUCGGCUCUGAGUUACAAAAAUAUGUGAUAGCAGAUAGUAGUGAAUCGAAAUACGGAUCAAAAACACGAAUUUCGGUCAUCGAUCUUUUUGGUUGGAAUGCGCGUGAGGAAUCCAUUCCGUCCAAUGUCGUUGAUCUCUGCACGUCCUGCCACAAGCGUUCUCCUCGUCGUAGCACGCAAUGUCGUUUUUGUGGGAAGGAAGUGGUGGUGAUUACUCCCUUCCGCGCUCUUUCAAACAGCUUAAUUUACUCGUUCUAUUGCCAGACCGCAGGGAUCGAGUUGGAGUGUUCGUAUGAUGAUUACCUGCGCUGGCUCCCUUCGCUGCGUCCUUACAAAUCCCCGAAAGAGCUUCCAUGGAGACACUUCGUGGACCAAUGUUAUCUGGUACGGUGUUGGGAUGGGUCAUGAUGAGAUCACGCAUGUCGUGUUCACUUUAUCGCAAUGGGGUUCGCUGCGAUUGCAGAUCCAGCAGCUCCCUCAUGAGUAUUUGUUUGUUCGAGAAUAUCUCCCCUUGGUCUUACAAAAACACGAUAUCCACUUAAUCGGCGAGUUCGUUGAAUGCUUGCGAAUCUUCGGCGUGGCCGAAAACGACUCGCUUAUCACUAGCGGAGUUCGCUUUUUACUUGAGUCCCAAAACCAGGAUGGGUCGUGGGACAACCAAAUGACACAAUUCGAUGUGGAUCUUGCCUAUGUGGCGUAUCACGCGACGAUCGUGUCGGUGCAGGCGCUGGCGCCGCUUUUGUUUUCGGGGUUUGGGUGCAUGAGCGAGAAAACGGAGGCGAUCGUGGCGAGUUGGUACGCGAGCGAGUUCUUGCGAGGCGAGCCGAUUUCGUUGCCAGCAUCGAAUCGACAAAAGGAAGAAGAAGAUGAAGAUGAAGACGAAAACGAAGAACAAAAAGAAAAAGGAAAAGGGUUGAGUGCACGGGGAUACAAAGAGGACGCGCGGCUGCGUGCGAUGGAUUGGAGCAUCGAGUCCAUUCGAUCCCAACUCGACGCAGCGCUCUGCGCGCACUCCAUGCGAGAGC